CCCCCUUCGCCCCCCUCAGCGCGGAAGCGCGGUAUGCAACUGUUGCUAAUUACGACUGUGCAUCGAAUAGAAGCUUUGAUCCUCCUGAUCGCUCUCACACCGGCCUCCGAAGAGUUCCAAAAGCUCGUCGCAUUCGAAAACGCGUUUGACCUUAUCUUCUCCUUGAUAGAAGCUGAAGGUGCUUUGACUCACGGAUCGGAAGUGGUUGAAGACUGCCUUUCCUUACUCGCGAACCUUCUGAGGCUCAACAUCUCCAACCAGUCAUAUUUUCGGGAGACGGGCUGUGUCAAGAGGCUAGCAAAGCUCCUCGCGGAUGUCAAUCAGGAUCAGGACUCGGAAGAGCCCACCCCACAAUGGGCUCUCGCGCAUCGGGAUAAGAACCUCUGGGGACUUUUGGUUAUCGUCCAGCUGUUUUUAAUCAAAGGAGGGGUCAACACUCCUGCCAACCAGACGGCGUUCUGGAACAAUGGUGUCAUGGAACAAGUCCUGAACACUGCUUUCGGUCAAAGAUUCAAUGUCAAUGUGACGUCCAAGGUAUGAGACACUGGUCACCUAUAAAGUUGACGCUAAUUGUGCUAGGCUCUUGCGACAUGCGCCGACUUAAUACGUAGCAAUAAGCCCUUGCAGGAGCGUUUUGGAGACGUUGAGGUCAUUUGGGGCUCGAGUCCUACUCCGAAUGCCGUCAAUGGGGAUUUGACACAUCAAGAACUCCAGCGGAUCAAUGUUAUCGAAGCGUUGCUGAAAUUGACUC